UGCAUCUGUGCCACUGAGCUCAUUUGCCUUUUUGCUUCGGAAGCCGGUACGCUGGUCGGCAGCAAUAAUUGCGUCACUCGUGCAGAAUUCCAAAUUCCCCCCAAAAUCCAUUUAAAACCUUUGGAACGGCAGAAUUUCUCCUGCAGUUGGGCUCGGUGGCCGGUAACAAACGGUUCGUCAGUUUGCUAAGUGUGGUUGUUCAGUGAGUGAAAGCUUUACAGAUCAAGCAAAACAUGUGCCGAACUCAGUGCGCUAUUGUGGUUGUUCACAUUCUGAUCGCCCAAACGAUCGUCGGUCAUUCAUUCGAUCAACAAACGAAACAGCUGUUCGUGGAUGGGCUCACGAAGGCAGACAGAAUAAAAUAUUUCGGUAGCGAAAGCGAAAGUGGGUGGCCGUAUUAUGAGAUAGUGGAUUUGGAAGUGCAUCGUCCAGACGGUAGUUGGGAUGUGAAGGACUUGAAUUUGAGUUUCUCCUUUCGGAACGAUCCCAUUCGGUUACAUCUACGGCCGAACAAAGUGUUAACUAAACCAACUACAGUACUCACAACAGCACAGGAACGUGUCACUAAGGUGCUUGACGACCGAGGACCAGCUACUAGCGAACAUUUUGUGCAUAAUGAUGAUAACUUCACGGCUGCCUUUUCAACUAACGGCGACGAUCGAUUUACUGGAAUAAUCUUUCACCCAUCUGGACCGCUGGAAUUGGUUCCUUUGGAUGACAAUAUGCCGUCUCUGAGUUCAACAUUACGAAGACCACAUUUGAUCAAAGCACUACAGAUCGACACAAACCAGGCCGAUGUGUCAUAUGAGCUCGUGCGGCGUCGAACACAUUCCGAAAUCCAUCUGCUUGGAGAUACCCUCGGACAAAAGAACUAUUCCUCUUCCGAGUUGGAGGAGCUAGAAGGAAGAGACGGUCGCAACCGUAGUGCUCCUUCGAAAAACGCCAAACCUUUGAUAGAACUUGCAGUAUUUUUCGACGAAGCAGCCUACAAAACGUUUGCCCCUUACUUUGACUACAACGAUGCAGCUUUGCGAGAUUUUAUACUGGCCUAUAUUAACGGCAUUCAGGCUUUGUAUCAUCAUCCCUCGCUGGGGCAGGGUGUCGAUAUUGCACUAGUGUAUCUUGAGCUCAUGCGCACGCAGCCUUCCGCAAUGCCUCACUACAAUGGUGAGCGCAAUCAGCUGCUUGAUUCUUUCUGUGCCUAUCAAAGUGUCUUAAAUCGGGGCCGUUGGGAUAUGGCGUUAUAUCUGUCCGGGUUGGAUUUUUAUGCGAUCGAAAACGGGCGCCGAGCCGGAGGAACCAUGGGCUUGGCAACGGUCGGAGGAGUGUGCUUAAGCGAUUACGCUUGCGUAAUUGCCGAGUUUGGCGCUAGAAACGUGUUUGGUAAACCGUAUCCUUCGUCGGGUUUUACAUCCAUUUACAUAGCAGCGCACGAAGUCGGUCACAAUCUAGGGAUGCAUCAUGAUUCUGUUGGAAACGGCUGUCCAAAGGAUGGGUUCGUUAUGUCACCAUCAAGGGGAACGCAAGGAGAAACUACAUGGUCCAGUUGUAGUGCCGAUGUGAUCACACAGCUUAGUUGGGCCGGUUGUCUGUUUGAACAGGAUUCUAAAACAGUAGCAGAAUAUGAUACAUCGAAAUAUUACGACCACCCAGGACAGGUUUGGACAGCGAAGAAACAAUGCGAGGUGCUGCUUACUGAUAAGGAUGCCAUAUUAGCGUCCACAGAAUUGCCAGCGAUUUGUCAGAAUGUACGCUGCCGCACUCCUCAUCGGACUGGAUUUUAUUUUGCCGGACCAGCACUGGAAGGCACUGAUUGUGGUGAUAAUAAGUGGUGCAAGGGAGGCACAUGUACCAAGCAGAAGAAAAAACCCUCCAAUAUUAUCCCUGGCGGAUGGAGCGAAUGGAAGGACGAAGAAUGUGUUUCUGGUUGUUUGGAGCAAUCGAUGGGAUACAAGCGCCGAACGCGCCGUUGUGACAAUCCGCCCCCAGUUAAUACCGAUCAAGGCUGUGAAGGUGUAGCUUUUGACGUUGCGAUUUGUGAUGAUGGCAAGCUGUGCCAAGCGAACCGCGAACCGGUCCAGUUCUAUGCUAAUCGACGCUGUCGCGAGUUUAGUCAGUUGCUUCCACGGCUGGAUCCUGAAGGCCGUGGAAUUCAAGGUCCAUACGACUCGAAGCGAUUGUGGAUGAGCUGUGCAGUAUACUGCAAACGCGCUGAUAGCGAAGCAUAUUACGCACCGAGAUUCGAUUUGAAUGAUUUAGGCGUAGAUUCGUACUUCCCCGACGGUACGUUGUGUCAUCGGGAAAAGGAUACGAACUACUACUGUCAGCAGCAUCAUUGUUUGCCUGAGAACUUUAAAACUUCCAAAAUUUCUAUUUGGACCAUCACCGAUGAUAUACCAGUAGCAGGGAACGCUUUACCAUUCGAAACUCAUUUCUUGAACAGUGCGAUAUUAAACUAUCUUUCACUUGACAAAAACAUCGUACCAUUAACAGGUACAUGGAGUUUGAAACCGGAGGAGCUCCCAAAUGACGAUCAAUGGGUUGAUCAGGAUUAUUUGGAUUUGACGGGUAGCUACAGAGUGCAAACGAACGAGUCGUUGGAAGGAUUGUAAUUGGUGUUUAUUUGAUUAUUUGUAUUUGUUAAGUGAUUGGCCAUCAUUGGUCUCAUAACUGUUCUUAUUAACUAUCUUCCCUAGGGUAGCCAUUCCGGUGUUACGGAAUGAGUAAAUUGUAAAUAUCGUAAUGGAUUUUUUGUAUUUCUUUAUUUUAAUUAAUGUUCAAUAAAACACCAAACGACGUAUAAACAAUUCAGACUAGUUUUAAGUACUGAUUUUUUAAAGAUAUUUAUUUAGACUAUGCGCCGUAUGAUUAUUCAACUUAAAAAACAGCAUUUAGUCAUGUGCUCGUACACUGUACUCUAUAUACCAGCAUUGUAAAAAUAGCAGAGUUUAUUUUAUUUGAAUUCCAUUAAACAUAUUAAACUUUAUUUAAAGAACAACAUAUUUUCACGUAAAAAAGUCCGAGUACAUUACCUAACCCUCCCAUGUAUGUAUUAAGACAAAUAAUCGUUGUUUCAGUAUCAGUCAACAAGGUUAGUUGGCUAAAACAGCCUUGCAUGAAAUUAUUCUCUGGCCGAAACGUGAUAUUUGUGUUUGACUAAAGAAUUUUAGCACUCCAGAACAUGAUAACCCACUUAGAGACUGGUGAAAAACAAAUCCUUCAAACAAGCGAUUCAGGGAAUGUGUAAAUUUAGAAAUGAAUCGCGGUGGCUGUCCAUGAUACUGAGAUACGAGUGAAUUCCUUUGCAGGUACUAAUCAGAUCGUACCGUUUCUCUACGGCCGUCAACAGAUUAAACGUACAAAUCGUUAACAAAUAUUGUGCUGCAUUAGUGUUUCUGUUGGUGGUUGUCCGAAGCUAGUCCGAAGCUGAUAUCAAUUGGGCUCGAUAAGCUUAUGAAUACUAUAGCGCUAUCAAAAUCUUCAACAAUUCCUUAGAUAACAAAUUCGUCCAAGGUCUUAGACUACGUAGCGACUCCAAAUAUAGCACUUAUCUUUCAUUGAUACGGAGAUGAUAUAUAAUUCCAUUGUUAGAAACUAAUCGAUUAGCAUCUGUAUUUAUCUGUAGAAUUUGGAGUUAGUCUGCGGUUGCGGGCUAUGAACAUGGGAUUAUUGAAAUCCGAGUGCUAGUUAAAUUGAUCAACUCGUGUGUAAAGUCAAGGUUUCCAGUACUUUUUUUGUUACACAAUCUAGCUUAAUGCAAAAAGCUAGCAAUAUAAGAUAUGAAUUGAAUUGGAUAUGUUAGUAACUCAUUCGCCUCUUUACCAAAAUACGGCUUAUAAAAAUAACAUUGAUGAAAUAACAUUUAAUAUAUAUUAAAUAAUCUUCUAGUUGAGUUCUAUUCGAUCGAUCGAUCUGAUCAAUCGUUAGGAAUUUCAAGGAAGUGGUAAAAAUGCUUUUCAAAAGGCAAGGCGUAUCGAUUAUCCAUGUUUCAUGCCCAUCUGGGGAAUGAAAACGAAAGUAAGCAACAUAUAGUCCCUGUGUUUAUGAUUUUGUUGAUAAGGAGUUAAAAAGAGUUGCUUGUUAAAAUGUCGAAACUCGUGUAAA